AUCUGCCCACAACCACAGCAGCCUCUUGGAGUGAUGUGGGAACCUCUGAGACACGCCACCCAACCACAGAUCUGCCUGUAAUAGUAACAACUUCUGAGAAUGCUGAGGGAUAUCCAGAAAAGAACUAUACAACUCAGAAUUUCCAGAGGACUCACCUGCCCCUGUACCUGAUCAUCCUGAUUGCUGUGGUUUCUGGUGCUGUGGUUUUCCUUGUCAUCUUCCUUAUCAUUUGCAUUAGAAAGCCCAAGGACUCCUUCCUGGAUCUGUCUGGUGUCCACCAGAUCAAGGGCACAUGGAAAGGUUCCAUCACUUUGCCGUGUACCUACACGCCCUCAGAAGGCUUCACACAGCACGUGCUCAGCUGGAGCAUGGAGCGAGAUGGUGGCUCCUCUACCAUCUUUCGGAGGGACGGUUCUGGCGACCACGUUUUGCUGUCUCGGUUCCGAGAGCGGGUGAGUGUCCCAGAGCACAGCUCUGGGAAUGCCUCGCUCCUCAUCGAGAACCUCGAAAUCCCCGACAGCGGACACUACACCUGCAAAAUCACCUGGAGGUCUAAAAACAACAGCUUGAUAACAAAGGAGGUGACCACUACAGUUAAAGUUGUCAAAG